AAAGAUUGUAAGUAGAUAACCUGCUCUUACAAGUGAAUCAAACCUAUGGAACCUGCUGGGGAAAUGACCAGGUUGUCAGUCCAGUGUAAAGCUGUUGGAGAGAGGGCGCAAAGGUAAUGGAUGACGUAAUACCCUGGCUGCCCCGAAGCAUCUUUUGUUGUGGAAUGGUUAUUCCUGUCAUCUCUGUAUGAAUCCACUGUGAGGGGCUGCUUUGUGGACGGAAUCCUUUGCAAGAGCACAUCAGCAGGAAAGAGAAAGAGACAUUCAGUUGGAGGCUCUUGCUGAAAUGGGUUUAACUCUCCUUUCCCCAGCCACCACUAGCCUGACCUCAUACGUUUCUAGUACAAUGGAGUAGCUGAGCCUUUGAGCACAGCCCCAUUACAUCAUCGUGGCAAAUUAAAGAACUAGGUGGGGAAAGAGGACUUACUGUUGUCAUGGCCCAUGAGAUGACUGGAACUCAAAUUGUUACUGAGAGGUUGGUGGCUCUGCUGGAAAGCGGCACUGAGAAAGUGCUGCUAAUUGACAGCCGGCCAUUUGUGGAGUACAAUACGUCCCACAUUCUGGAAGCCAUCAAUAUCAACUGCUCCAAACUGAUGAAGCGAAGGCUGCAACAAGACAAAGUAUUAAUUACAGAACUCAUCCAGCAUUCUGCAAAACAUAAGGUUGACAUUGACUGCAGUCAGAAGGUGGUAGUGUAUGAUCAGAGUUCCCAGGAUGUUGGUUCUCUGUCGUCAGACUGCUUUCUCACUGUGCUUCUGGGUAAGCUGGAGAAGAGCUUCAACUCUGUUCACCUGCUUGCAGGUGGGUUUGCUGAGUUCUCUCGUUGUUUCCCUGGCCUCUGUGAAGGAAAAUCCACUCUAGUCCCUACCUGCAUAUCUCAGCCUUGCCUACCUGUUGCCAACACUGGGCCAACUCGAAUUCUUCCCAAUCUCUAUCUCGGCUGCCAGCGAGAUGUCCUCAACAAGGAGCUGAUGCAACAGAACGGGAUUGGCUAUGUGCUAAAUGCCAGCAACACCUGUCCAAAGCCUGACUUCAUACCCGAAUCUCACUUCCUGCGAGUGCCUGUGAAUGACAGCUUUUGUGAGAAAAUCCUGCCCUGGUUGGACAAGUCUGUGGAUUUCAUUGAGAAAGCAAAAGCCUCCAACGGCUGUGUGCUGAUCCACUGCUUGGCUGGGAUCUCCCGCUCCGCCACCAUUGCUAUUGCCUAUAUCAUGAAGAGGAUGGACAUGUCUCUGGAUGAGGCUUACAGAUUUGUGAAAGAAAAAAGACCCACUAUAUCUCCGAACUUUAAUUUUAUGGGCCAACUCAUGGACUAUGAGAAGACGAUUAGUAGCCAGACUGGAAUGUCCGGGCCGAAGAGCAAACUCAAGCUGCUGCACCUGGACAAAGCCAGUGAGCCUGUGCCUGCAGCCUCAGAGGGCGGACGGAAGAAUGCACUGUCUCUCAGCCCACCCUGUGCCAACUCUACCUCAGAGGCAUCGGGGCAAAGGCUUGUGCAUCCUGCAAGUGUGCCCAGCUUACAGCCUUCCCUCUUAGAGGACAGUCCGCUGGUACAGGCGCUCAGCGGGCUCCAGCUGUCCUCAGAGAAGCUGGAAGACAGCAACAAGCUCAAGCGUUCCUUCUCUCUCGAUAUCAAGUCUGUUUCGUAUUCAGCCAGUGUGGCAGCGUCCUUACAUGGCUUCUCGUCAGAGGAUGCUUUGGAGUACUACAAACCUUCCGCCACACUGGAUGGGACCAGCAAGCUCUGCCAGUUCUCCCCCGUUCAGGAGGUAUCAGAACAGACUCCAGAGACCAGCCCCGAUAAGGAGGAGGCCCACAUCCCCAGGCAGCCCCAAGCUACCAGACCUUCAGAGAGCCAGACCACACGGCUGCACUCAGUGAGAACCAGCAGUACUGGGUCUACCCAGAGGCCCUUCUUCUCGCCACUGCAUCGGAGCGGGAGUGUGGAGGACAACUACCACACCAACUUCCUUUUUGGCCUUUCCACCAGCCAGCAGCACCUCACCAAGUCUGCUGCAGGGCUUGGCCUCAAGGGCUGGCACUCAGACAUUCUGCCUCCCCAGUCCUCUGCCCCUUCCCUGACCAGCAGUUGGUAUUUUGCUACAGAGCCGUCACACUUCUACUCUGCUUCAGCCAUCUAUGGAGGCAACGCCAGUUACUCUGCCUACAGCUGUAGCCAGCUGCCCACUUGCAGUGACCAAAUCUAUUCUGUUCGUAGGCGGCAGAAGCCUAGUGACAGAGCUGACUCACGGCGGAGCUGGCAUGAAGAGAGCCCCUUUGAGAAGCAGUUUAAACGCAGGAGCUGCCAAAUGGAAUUUGGAGAGAGCAUUAUGUCAGAGAACAGGUCGAGGGAAGAACUGGGCAAAGUGGGGAGUCAGUCUAGCUUUUCAGGAAGCAUGGAGAUCAUUGAGGUCUCUUGAGAAGACCUCGUAACUUCUGUUGACAGUUUUGUUUCCUGUUCACAAAAAAAUAUUCCCUGUAAAUCUGAAAUAUGUAUAUGUACAUACAUAUAUAUUUUUGGAAUAUAGAGCUAUGGUAUAAAAGCAACAGAUGGAUCAACACAGUUGUUCUCUCAGCACUGCACUGAGAAUGGCUAGUUCUCUCAGAAGAGUGGAAGGGUAGAUGUUAGAAUUCUCCCAGCCAGAGAAGAGAUUUUGUUCAGUGAAUUGCACAUCUUCUUGUUCUACAAAAGCAAGGGUUUUGUUUGUUUGUUGUUUGUUUGUUUUUAAUGUUAGAGGGCAAAAUCCCUCCCAUUUUCAUGUGCAACAAGAGGUCUCAGAACUCAUCUCUGUCCAGGCCCUUCCCUAGUGCACCUUAGCGCUAAGACUGAGCCAGCUGUGGGUCAGGUGGGAAGACCCUCCUAGGGACAGACCCUAACGGUAAAUCCAAGGGGAAUGACCCCGUCCAAAGCUGAGUAAUCAACCCAAGCUCCAUCGACAGCUGAUGGCUACGGAAUCAUUCUGCUGGAUGAACUGUUAGGAGCCUUGCCUAGAUCUACUUAUAACCAAUCCAGUACCUCAGACAAGACAUUUGGGGCCAUCACCACUACCAUGUCUAGUAGAUCAUUUUCUAGGCAUUGUGAAUAAGUAGGUAACUUGUCACUUUCCAGACAAAUGCAUACUGUCUAUGCACAAAAUCCCAGUGGGCCUGUUGCCCAUGUACCCCUCCUGUCAGCUUGAAUGAAGUGGGGAAACCAACUAGAGUUUUUAACUUAGCCAGAGACUGGGCAGUCAGACAGCUUAGAGACUUAAGCCAGGGAUGGAGCACUAACAGUCUCCCUCCUC